UCAUCAUCGACCUCAAUCGAAGAGUGUGAUUGCACGGAUUUAUAGCUCAAGUCACAUGUUAAUAUACGGCUUUUAAAUAACGCCAUUUAUACAAGUCAAAAGAGUUAGGCCUAUCAACACCCCCUCCUCAACUCGACCAACCAUGGCAAAGCCCACAGCCAACUAUGCCGUCUACCUCGUGACGGACUCGACUCCAGCGAUCCUUGGAAACAAGGACCUGACUGAGAUUGUCGAAAAGGCAAUCCAAGGCGGUGUCACAUGUGUGCAGUACCGUGACAAAGACGGCGAGCAAUCGGCCGUCGUGGCCACGGCCAAGGCUCUGCAUGCCAUCACCAAGAAGUACAAUGUCCCGCUACUUAUCAACGACCGCGUCGACGUAGCAGCCGAGAUUGACUGCGAGGGUGUGCACAUUGGACAAGACGAUAUGGGAAUCGAAGAAGCACGCAAGAUUAUUGGUGAGAACAAAAUCAUUGGUGCCUCUGCUGGAAAUGCCGAAGAGGCCAUUACCGCCUGCAAAGCCGGUGCUGACUACCUUGGCAUUGGUGCUGUUUACGCAACAUCUACCAAGAAGGACACCAAGACCAUCCUCGGCCCAGCUGGUGUCAAGUCCAUCCUUGUCGCCAUGGACGCUGCCGGCUAUGGUGCCGUUCCUACCGUCUGCAUCGGCGGCGUCAACACGGGCAACACGGCAACCGUACUGCGACAGUCGAGCGCCGCGCCGCGCAAGAGCGUCGACGGCGUGGCUGUGGUCAGCGCCAUUAUCGCUGCUGAAGAUCCUGCCGCUGCAUCCCGAGACCUUCUGGGACAAGUGGCCGUCGGCAAGAUUGCUGAUGUUGUCGGAGCAGUGGCCAAGACUGCGCCUCUCUCGCAUAACAUGACCAACCUGGUGGUACAAAACUUUGCAGCCAACAUUGCGCUCGCUGUGGGUGCUAGCCCCAUCAUGGCCAACUAUGGCGAAGAGGCGGCGGAUCUUGCCAAGCUCGGUGGUGCUCUCGUGGUUAACAUGGGCACUGUUACCCCGGAAGGCCUUGCAAACUAUAAGCAGGCAAUCAAGGCCUACAAUGGCGCUAACCGCCCGAUUGUACUAGACCCUGUUGGUGCUGGCGCGACACACGUUAGACGACAGGCAGUCAAGGAUUUGCUGGCAACGGGCAAGUUUACAGUCAUCAAGGGUAACGAGGGCGAAAUUAGCACUGUAAACGGCGCUACCAUCCAGCAGAAGGGCGUCGAUUCAGUCUCUGCAUUGAGCUUUGAGCAGCGUGCAUCCCUUGUCCGCUCGCUUGCCCGUCGUGAAGAGACAGUUAUUCUUUUGACCGGUGCCACAGAUCUCGUCAGUGAUGGAACACGGACUUUCCGCGUCGACAACGGCCACGAGCUACUCGGAAACGUUACAGGUACAGGGUGCACUCUAGGAACUACUGUCAGCGCCAUGGUAGCUGCAUACCCCCAGGACGCUCUGCUAGCGACGUUGGCCGGCGUGGUCAUGUUCGGAGUAGCCGCAGAGCGAGCUGUGGAGCGAGCUGAUGUUAAGGGCCCUGGAACAUUUGUCCCGGCAUUCAUCGACGAGCUAUAUGCUAUUCGCAAGGCCACUGCCAAUGCCGAUUUGCGAUGGCUGGUUGCCGCCAAGGUGGAAGCUGUGCAAGUCGAAGAUAAUUAAAAGCAUAUAAUGCAAAUGAAAACAAAAUGGGUUGGAUUCUGUGGAAAAGUAUAAAUGAAAUAUUAAUAAAUGAAAAGAGAGUUCGCUAUACUAUAGUAAAUAUGUGCCAUAUGCUUCGUUAUAAUACAUGGGAGACGACUGGUAGUACAUCCCGCUAGAUAUAAGGUUUUGAGUUGUCCAUCCUAGAUAUUCGUCAGCCGGGGGAUCGUAGGGUCGAUGAGGGAAACGCGGCCUUACAUGACAUUGAUAGGCAUAGAUUCGUCGCCCAUCCCCCAGGCCGCUUCAUUCAUGAGAUCAAACCACAUCGAUUCGUCCAGAUCACCAAACAUGUACGGCGAGAUUUCGCCUUCUGUUCCGUAAUUUUGUACCGCACGUCGAAGCUGGAUUUGUACCAAUUCUUUGGCGUUGUGCAGGAGUCGCCAGAGGCGGACCAGAGGGUCUUCUGCUAUCGGCGCUGGGGCAGAUGACAUCCUCCUUCCACCUUGGCGUUUUUGGACGACUAGGCCGAGAUCUUCAAUGAGCCAACUUAGGAUUUCCUCCAAAUUUAGCUCCUUCUUAACCUGCGGAAGUUCCCAUCCUGGUAAACGGACUGAGAGUAACUUGAUGCUUGUAAUGAGAGUGAAGGCAACGUCGGAUGCUGUGAGGUUGAGAAAGCGUGGCUUUUCGAGAUCACGGCCGGCGUAGCGUAUUUGGUAAAACAUGCGGAGCGAGCGUACGCAGGACCAGAGCAACUGGAGACGGUCGGUAAUAUCUAUGUUGGCAGUAGUACAGCUCUGCUCAGAGAUGGCAACGUCUUUGAGGAGAAUCUCAGCAAUAUAGACAUGUGCCAGGAUAGGUGUGUUGUUCUUCAAGUUUUCCGGCAGCGACGUCAAGUAAGUGUCUAUUUGCUGCUGGAAGGUUUCCACGACUUGGAGCAGGGGGAUGGCUGGAUUUCGUCGGUUGGAAUCAAAAGAUGUGGCGAGUGUGAUAUUGUGGGCGAUUAGCUGGAUUCUGACAAGGCUGAGCAAGAAGACGUCGGAAGGAAACUCCUUUUUGGCGUCAAUCUGCUUGCAGCAGACCUCCAAUUGGGCGGUGUCCAUGAAAAUUUCCGUCUUCUUGUUCGUUGUGAAGACAGUUGUGUUGAGAUAAUACGUCGCCGCUAUCGCGCGAGCAUAGUCAAGGUCGGAAUAUUUGCAGGCAGGAUGAUGGUGUUCAUUGUUACCCAAGCCAACGCACAUGGAGCGCGAAAGGAAGAGCAAGUUUGUCAGUUGAGGCCCUUUGAGGCCGUAGUGAUACCAACCAAUGAGUAGAUGGAGCGCUUGUAAUACGUCAAGUGUCUUGCAAGUUCCAUCCACCAUCGUGGCAAUGGUAAUUUCUGCCAAGAGCUUCUCUGCCAGACGAACCUGUCGUGUUGCGUCAAAGAGACAGCUCACCAUCAUGAUGGCUUUCCAGACGUAUGGACGACGAUCACGCAGAGUUUCUGAUGUGAGCGAUCUGUUGAGUAGGACAAAAGGGAAGACUUCCUCGUAGAUAUCACGGAAUUCCUGGAAGAGGACCUCGGCCUCCUCAGGCAUUGGCCAGAGGGAGUCGAGCUGGUCGAAUGCCGAUGUCCCCCACAUUGACGGCUUGGGAGGCUCGUCUCUGCUAUCAAGCGUAGCUUCAGGGCUGGGGAAAAGAUGACCAAAGCUGAGGACAUCCUUGGCUGCGGCCGCAUUUGCAGGAGCAGCUGGCGCAUCGGAAACACCUGCUUCAGGGCUUUGGUCGCCUCGCGGCUGCGCAUUCUCAACUUGGGAUGAGAGCUCAUUGAGCCUCUUCUCAAGCUCAGCCACACGAGACCGCUUAGGACGCUUCUUUAUGCGAGGAGGAGCAGGCGGACGUGAGAAACACUCCUUGUUUAGCCUUUGACAUCU